AUGACUUCCCAAAAGUCAUCAGCGCUGUCGGCGCGACACAUUCAGGAUUUUAGCAAUGCCACCAAUGUAGUCAGCUAUUGGGGCUACGCAGAUCGCGUUGUGCCCUGCACCAACGACGCGGGCAGCUGUGAGUACCUCGACCUCGUCUACGAAAGCCACUCCACCAGCAUGCUGUACACCGGCAUCAUGUGGGCUCUGAUCCUCGGCAUCCUGCUGGUCUGGGCCUUUAUGCGCAAGGUUUUCCCCUCGGCGCCGGCCCCGACCGAUGUAGCUUCGUCUUCGAGAGUCGAGGACGGACAGGCGCCUGCACAAUCCGCCAUCACCAGGUUGCGCAACUCGAUAGCCUCUGCGUCGAGGCGCUGGCUCCUGCCAGAGUCUCUGAGGUGGUUGUUUGGCCACACCACCCGCCUGCAGUUGGCCGUCCUGGCCAUUGUCAUCAUCUACCUCACCAUAUUUAGCUUCUCUGGCAUGUACUACGCUUCAUGGAUCACGCCCGUCAAGAACAUGCCGGGUGUUUACAACUUCCGAUCCAGCCUCGGCCCUUGGUCCAACCGCGUUGGUGUUUUCGCCUACGCUCUGACUCCCAUGUCCGUCAUGCUGGCAAGUCGCGAGUCGAUCCUCUCCAUCCUGACCGGCGUGCCGUACCAAUCCUUCAUGUUCAUGCACCGCUUUCUGGGCUACAUCAUGUUUGCGCAAUCCGCCCUCCACACCAUUGGUUGGUGCAUCAUCGAGAUCCGCCUCUACCAACCCCAGCCCAAAGUAGGCAUCGAGUGGAUCACCCAGACCUACAUGAUCUGGGGAGUCGUGGCCAUGGCACUCUUGACCAUCCUGGUCCUUCUGAGCACAAAGUGGGCCAUCAGGGCCUUUGGCUACGAGUUCUUCCGCAAGGCGCACUACGUCCUCGCUAUGGUCUACAUCGGUGGCGCCAUCGCCCACUGGGAGGGGCUCAUGUGCUUCCUCGUCCCCGGCAUCCUGCUCUGGUUCGUUGACCGCGCCGCGAGGUUCGUGCGCACCGGUCUGCUGCACUACAACUACCUCGAGGACGGCACGCUCGGCUUCGGAUCCGCCAAGGCCUCGGUGCAGAUGUUUGAGGACCCCGAGAGCGGCGACGUCGUCCGCCUCGACUUUGACCACCCCCACCAGGCCUGGGAAAUCGGCCAGCACUUCUUCCUCACCUUCCCCGAGCUGAGCAUCUGGCAGAGCCACCCAAUGACCCCGCUCGCCCCGCCCGCCAUGCCCGGCGCCGCCGGCGGCAAGACCGGAUCCAGGCACUCGUACGUCAUGCGCGCCAAGGCCGGCGAGACGAGGAAGCUGGCCCUCCUGGCGGCACAGAAGCUCGCCGCCGGGGUUGCGGUAGCAGACUCUGCCGCUGGCGAGAAGACGGCAGCGAGCAGCAGCAGCAGCCAGAACCACAGCAAAACCCCAGCCCCGACCGUCUCGGUGAUCCUGACGGGCCCCUACGGCCAAUCCAUCAUGCACAGCCUUCGAUCCGACGCCAACGUCCUCUGCGUGGCCGGCGGCACCGGCGUGACCUUUGUGCUCCCUCCUCUGCUUGAGAUUGUCCGCAACGCGCCCGUGCCCGGCCGCAAGAUCGAGUUCGUCUGGGCGAUCCGGCACGCGCGCGACAUGGAGUGGGUGGCGCCCGAGCUGGCCGAGCUGCGCGCCGCCAGCGAGACGCACAACCUGCACAUCGACAUCUACGUGACGCGCGACGCCAAGACGAGGUCCAGCAAGGUCGCCGCCACCGCUGCGGGUAGCAAGGAGGAGUCGGCAGCGAGGAACGAGGUGACGACCGUAUCUGGGUCGUCGACGAAUUCCAUCUCGUCGGGCGAGGAGGUCGAGGAGGAGGCCAACGUUGCGGUGCACAGGUCGGGCGAUGUCGAGAACCCCGCGGUCCGCAGGCCAAAGAUGGACGCCAUCGUCGACGGGUUCGUUGGCGCCGUCGCGGCCGGCUCGACCACCGUCUACGCGAGCGGUCCGUUGGAGAUGAUUGCUGAUCUGCGGACUGCGGUCGCCAGGCAAAACGACAGUGGAAAGGUUUGGCGGGGCGAGGAGAGGUUCGACGUGCGGUUGGUGAGCGAUGACCGCGUCGAAUGGUGA